AUGAUCAGUAUUUUUCUCUUUCACUCUCUCAGCCACACUAUAACCCGAAAUUUUCCCUCACUUUCAUUUUCUCAAUCCCCCCAUACCCAUUAUUUUUCUCCCCGUUUCACUCUCUCAAUCCCCCUAUACCCGGUAUUUUUCUUUCAUUUUCAUUCUAACAAUCUCCCUAUACCAGUAUUUAUCUCUCACUUUCACUCUCCCAAUCCCCCUAUACCCAGUAUUUGUCUCUCAUUUUCACUCUCUCAAUCCCCCCAUACGAAUCCCCCGAUACCCAGUACUUUUCUCCCAUUUUCACUCUCUCAAUCCACCUAUACCCAGUAUUUUUCUCUCACUUUCACUCUCUCAAUCCCCCUAUACCCAGUAUUUUUCUCUCACUUCCACUCUCUCAAUCCCCCUAUACCCAGUACUUUUCUCUCAUUUUCACUCUCUCAAUCACCCCCCAUACCCAAUAUUUUUCUCUCAUUUUCACUCUCUCAAUCCCCCCCCCAUAAUUAUUUUAUCUCACUUCCACUCUCUCAAUCCCCCUAUACCCAGUACUUUUCUCUCAUUUUCACUGUCUCAAUCCCCCCCCAGACCCAAUAUUUUCUCUCCUUUCACUCUCUCAAUCCCCCCAUAACCAGUACUUUUCUCUCACUUUCACUCUCUCAAUCCUCCCAUACCCAGUACUUUUCUCUCACUUUCACUCUCUCAAUCGCUCUAUAUCCACUGUUCAAUUCUCUGCCAUUAGACAGUCUGUCUCCAUUACCCGAGUUGGAAAAUGGAGGUGUCCAUUGGGCUGUCAUCGUCGCAGGAUCAAACGGCUGGUACAACUACAGACAUCAGGCUGAUAUUUGCCACGCUUAUCAAAUUCUACACAAAAACGGAAUUCCAGAUGAACGGAUCGUUGUUAUGAUGUACGAUGAUAUCGCCCAUAACGAACAAAAUCCCCACAAGGGCGUCGUAAUUAACCACUUACAUGGAAAAAAUCUUUACAAAGGUGUCCCCAAAGACUACACCGGAAGUGCAGUUACACCAAGCAUGUUCCUUAACAUUCUCCAGGGUAAGAAAGCAGGAUUGGACAAAGUUGGAAGCGGAAAAGUUAUCAACAGUGGACCCAAUGACCACAUCUUUGUUUUUUUUGCUGACCAUGGUGCACCUGGCCUUAUUGCAUUCCCUGAUGAUUACCUCUACGCAUCCAAGUUCCUUGAUGCCCUGAAAAAUAUGCACAAUGAGAAGAAAUAUGCCAAGAUGCUGAUUUAUAUUGAAGCUUGCGAAUCAGGUUCAAUGUUUAAAAAUCUCCCGAAAGACAUAAACAUCUUUGGUGUGACUGCAGCCAAUGGAAACGAGCCAUCAUAUGCCUGCUACUAUGACAGUGAGUUGCAGACUUAUCUUGGUGAUGUCUUCAGUGUCACUUGGAUGGAAAAUUCAGAUAAGGUGUCCUUGAAAAAAACAAGCAUCCUGGAGCAAUAUGAUAUCGUCAAGAAGGAAGUGAACACAAGAAUCUAUCUACCUAUAUGUUUCUCUCUAUGUUUGGUCAAUAUCUACCUGUAUUUUUCUCUCUCCAUCUUUGAUCAAUAUUUGCUUCUCUACCUAUGUUUGUCUCUCUCUCUGUAUUUGCUCAAUAUAUAUCUGUUUCUCUCUCAUCAUCUCUCUCUCCAUCUUUGUUUGGUUAAUAUGUAUGUUUCUCUAUAUGUUUGGCCAAUAACUAGAUGUUUUUUUCCUGUCUUUCUAUCAAUAUCUCUCAUCCCCACCUCUCUCUCUCUGUUUGAUCAAUAUCUCUAUUUGUCUGUCUGUUUCUCUCUCUCUGUGAUUGGUCAAUGUAUCUUAUUCUAUCUCUCUAUGAUUCGUCAAUAUCUGUUUCUCUCUCUCUUUCUGUCUGUGUUUGGUCAAUAUUUGUUUGUCUCUCUCUUACUUUCUAUGUUUGGUCAAUCUCUCUCUCUCUCUAUUUAUCUAUAA